AGCUUUUCAGUGUUCAUAUUCAAAGCAUCUGUUGUCCAUGAAAGGCAGGAUAAGAUGCAGAGAGGAGGAGAAACUGCAGCCGUUGCCCCAAGAGGAGUAUGAGAGAGCCCUGUCUUAUGACAGCUAUGGCACUUACAUCCAUGUUCAGGCUGUGGCUCAGGCCUUGCAUGCUUCGCUUUCAUCGAGAUCCCAGAGGAGGCUGAUGGUGGAGGAAGGAGAGCAAUGGGGACCCCAAAGGCUACAGCCGUGGCAGCUUCACCCUUUCUUAAGAGAAAUCCGGUGUCUGAAUACUUCCAGAGGCAGGCUGUGCUUGGAUGAGAACUGGGAGCUGCCAGCGGACUUCGAUAUUUUGAACUGGGUAAUGUCUCCCAAUAAGUCUUGUGACCUUGUGAAAAUUGGGAAUAUAAGGAGAGAGACGUCUGCUGGCAUAAAGUUCACCAUUAACCCAGGAGCCAUUGAGUGGAACAAGGAAUUCAACAAGGUAGGAGGAAUCACAGAGGGAGAAGGCCAUCAGAUCUUUAUUAUGUUUUUCCUUAAACAACCGCUGAAAAAUGACCAUAUCAGGUUGACCAAUGGUGUCUUGACCGUCGAUAACAGCUGCAACCACCAAUCCUUUCCACAGCAGCUGAGAUAGGAGGGGAAUUUGGGGUGCUCAAAGAAAGGAUAUAGCCCAGAGGUCCUCAGAGAAGACACCAGAAUCUUCGACAGAAAAGACUACGUAGAUAAGAAGAAAAGGGAAAGCCCCUAGUAAAAGUGAACUAUUGGGCUUUCAUACAUGCAGAAGGAUGGAAAGCAAUUUAUUUUAGAAAUGAUAAUUACUGAUUUACUGUGGAUUUUUUUAAUUUUUAAAGUAAGCUCACUUGUAGAUGUUGCAAAUGUUAAAGUGUUGUAUGUAUAGGAAUUGAGAAGUGCACAGCUGUUGUUGAAGGAUGAGAAGUUAAAAAAAACAAACCCUAUUGUAAUAUAAAGUUAAUGUUAAGGAAUGGCAUAUGAACUAGAAAUAACUAGUGUAAUACAUCAGCGAUAAGAGGAAACCUUGCAGAAUGAGGAAACCAAUAUUUGGAAAUGUCAUAUUAAAUGUGUCUUAAUUAGUGGUUGAGAGAUUAUCAGAAUCCUGAAAUUUGGGGAAAUCACAUUUUAGACUCCAUUGCCAUUUUCU